CUCGCCGAAGGAAAAAUACGAUGACACCGACUGUGAUUGCCCAUUCGAGUUGGACUGUGAAAGUGAUGGUGACUCAGAUGUAACACUUCUAUCAACGACUUUCCACGAAGUGUGCAAAUCUACCAGCACCUCGAAUUCUACAGAUCUUGAUGAGUGAUUGCUCCCACCAAUCGAUCCCAACGAAAUAUCCGAGUUGAACGAGUUCGUAGCUGAAAGCUUCCCGCGCCUAUCGAUUGGAGAAGCGUCUGAAAUUUUUACUUGCUUGGUCUUUGAAGCGGUCUUCGAGCCAACCAGGCUUUGCGCGUUGCGGUCAGAGGAAUCCUCCCCGUCGUCAUUCUGACUACGCGAACUGCCCUGCUGGGACGUCUGGAGCGAUUGCCUACUCAAUUGACCCCGAAUCCAAGAUAAGGGGUUGCUCUUGAUGAAAUCCCCUUGCUGUUGGAGAUAUCCCUCCAUGAUAUGUAUCUAAGAACACUCAGGUUGCAAUUGUUUUACCGUUCUCGACCCCCCGAAAAUGUAACCUGUUGGUUAGAAUUGUUCCUUGGCACUUAGCUUCUGCCCCGAACUGGUUGCUCAACAAUCAAUAUUCUCUUAGUUAAGUGACGACCGACAUACUGGAAACUAAUAAAAGCUUUUUAAUGCAUUUUCAGUAUUUAGGCAAAAGAACAGUCAUCACCCUCAUCGUCUUCGGACUUGAAUGGGAUAGAAAUAAAUAAAUGUUGUUCGGGUCGUGAUUUGUGAUGUUCGGUGUUUUGUUCUCACAGCGCACCUCGAAGAGGGAUCUCUAGUUUGCUUGGCGCACUUUUGAACCGGGCAGAAAAAGGUCCAAACAUGAAAAUUCAUUGAUUCAUUCGAUUCAAUUUCGACUCUCGUCAGUCAGUCUCAAACCUUUCUUGGUUUUGUUGUCGAAAAAAUCGAGAAACCCAUUGGAUUGCUUUCGAACCGGGACGAUGGACGCUAGAGAGUCUUAGGCAAUCAGAGAUAUCAACAGAGGACACCGACAAACUAAACAAUUUCAUCUAAGUUCAAGCUCUCAUUGGCCGGACGAAUCGGUUGGCCUUGUCUUUUGGAUCAAUGAGGUGCCAAGGCGUCAUCUCUUGGUUUCGUGCAUUUGUCGCGGUAUCAAUCCUAACGCUUGCUCCGUCGACGGUGCAUUCCUUGCAAGCAUUGUUUGACAACCGGGUGAAAAUACAGCCGUCUCCGCUUAUAGGAGGGCCGGAAUGGCUCCCGGUGCACUGCAAAGUGGUUUUGGGUGAUAGAUACGUGUUCGAUUUCAUUCCGUUGAACGCAGCAUCCAAGCAGACCAUUCAGAGAUUGACAGGCUUGCAAGCGGUACCAGCGAUCGUUCGGACAAUUCAGAAAAACCAAAGCCAAGCGGAAGUUCGUACUGAUUUUACCGGCAAGUGGGAUGGUGAUGGCGACGAGUUGACCAAAACGUAUGUGGAAAAAGCUGUUCGGUUUUGCGAAGACUACGAUCGAGACCUUCAUCUGAUUAAGAAUAAUUGUUGGUCCUUCGCGUUUGAUCUGCUUGUACACAUUUCUCAAGAUGAAUGAUCAGGGCUUCUCGCAAACGAUGACCAGCAUUGCGGAAAGGGUAACGCUUUUUCGCACGAUUGAUGAUUCAUUGCUUGGAAUCAUAUAAUACGUUUAUCAUCAUAAAAAAUAUGGACGGGAAGUAGCCCCUAGUCGUGCUUCUCCCAUGAGAAAAAAAAUCAUUGAUACAAACUAUGAGUGGAGGAUUGUCAGGGGUCUCAUCCCUUAGUUUUACAAAGGAGUACGUGAGAAAAUUGGGGGCAUUGCCCUGAUCAGGGUUCGCAAAGGAAAGGCCACCAUGACGACGAGGUUUGGCAAAUUCUGUGAUCAAAAUGGUGAUUGUUGAUAACGCUGAGUUGCUUAUAUUACUCACUUUGAACCAUAGUGCAAGCUGUUGAAAAUCAGCAUAUCUAUAGAUGCAGGUGUAAAUAUAUUUGGAAUGCUUUG